GCAAUGUUUCGCGUGCCGUGAACGAUCGCAACAUGUUUGUGACGAGUGUAGAGAAGGAUUUCUACGAUGCGAUACAGAGAAACAGGUGUUUACUUCUGGUGAACUUUGACGUUGAUGCAAUCUGUGCCUGUAGAAUAUUACAACAACUUUUCAAAAAUGACCACGUGAUAUAUACUCUUGUACCUGUCCGAGGCAUUCAAGAUAUGAUCAAUGCCUUUGAAGAAAAUUGCGAGGAGAUAAAGAAUGUAAUUAUGAUAAACUGCGGUGGUACUCUAGAUUUAGUAGAAUUACUCCAGCCAGACGAAUCUGUGGUAUUUUUUAUCCUUGACAGUCAUAGGCCUUAUGAUUUGUGUAAUAUCUAUUCAGAAAAUCAAAUACGUAUUCUUGGUAAACCUGACGAAGACAAUGAAAUCCCUGAAUAUAAUGAUAUAUUCCGAGAUGAUAGUACAGAUGAGGAGGAUGAAAGUGAGGGAUCGGACAAUGAAAAUGAAAGUGCACAAAGUAAAAGAAGAAGAUUAAAUGAAGAGGAUAUUCUGAGGCGAAGCGAACGAAGGAAAUGGAUGGAAAACAGAGCGACAAUUCUCUUUAAUUAUUCACAGUACAGCUAUUAUGGCAAAUCGAGUGCGAUAUUAGUUUUUGAGAUGGCUUGGAACAUGUCGAAAGAUAACUUAGACAUGGCAUGGUGGGCCAUAGUUGGUUCAACAGAACAGUCCAUCCUUAGCAAGGUAGAGUCACGAAUCACUGUUCUUGAAGAAGGUUCUCUUCAAGCUCACGUUUCAAGGCUGACGCAUAGACAAGGUGUUGAUAUCAAUAGACAACAGCAACAGAGUAUUGUCAGAGUUACUUAUGAUAAAGAUCUUCAAUUAGCAUUGUACCGCCACUGGACUGUUGAAGCCAGUUUAAAAUAUUCAAUGCCAACCGCGGUGUCACUACGUCUUUGGUCGAUCAGAGGAGAACAGCGUUUGAGAGAAGUUUUAGCUGAGAUGGGUUUGCCUCUAGUGCAAUCUAGACAAUUGUUUCGUGCAAUGGAUCUUACUUUUAGACAGGAGUUUAAGCAGAUGGUUGAAAAAUUGGCUGGCAAAUACAAAGUCAAUAGUAUCAUUGGCAGUAGUUUUACUCUUCAAUAUGGUUAUCGUUUCAAAUAUUGCGCCUCGGAUAUGGUUUAUGCGAUGUUGGCUUUACUAGAUUCCACGACGAAGGACAGACAGCCACAACGUUGCUUCUUGGAUACACUGGAUUGUUUGUCGCGUACGAAUAAGGAUAUUGUAGAGGACGGUAUAGAGAAAGCAAAGCUGAUGCUUCAUAAUAUCUUUAAAACUGCACAAAGCAUAUUAGAAGCUAAGCAAGUACAGAAAUUCGGUUCCUUGCUAUAUCUCAGUGUGCCGGAUGGCAAUAUAGACACUUAUUUAUUCGCGCAUCCUCAUCCUCUGAUUAUGUUAGCUCAAUUUGCCCUCAAGGCGUAUGUAAAUUCUUCGAGAAACAGACACGCGCCUGAAUGGCCCCUCGUAGCUUCUGCAAUGUUCAGCGCAGAAGAAGGCACGUGCCUCCUUGUCGGUAUACCACCAGUUUGCGAAGAUCAACCUAGAAGCUUAUUUGGGAAAGCAUUCGAGCAAGCUGCCAAGAAUAAAAAUUGUUACAUAGAGGCAGAUUACUUCGAUAGUACAAUAAUAAGACUGAAGGUCGAGGAAAGGACCAAGUUUCUUGAUGCUCUGGCAACACUCCUUGCGUGAUGAUUGUCAUAAACUCAUAAUCAUUAAAUAGAGGGGAACAGUGCGACGGUCUCAUUAAUUAAAUUUUUAGCUAGCGCGACCAUUAAUACAAUCCAAUGCAACUUUAUUGCUCAUGACAUACGGUGCCUUUUUUUAAGAAAAUGCAACUUCUGUACAUUUUUAAUCAGCGACGCAGUAGCUUUAUAAUUGUAAAAUAUUUAAUAUAUAGGCUAGAGGACCGACAUAUGUGAAUCAGCGGUUUCGUGUUAGUGUAAUGUGUGUUGUACAGGAAAGACUAAGGUACAACAGAAAGAUAAGAUAUAUAGAGAUCAUUUUCGCGUCCCGACAACAUUUAGAUUAGUAAUUUAAGAGACACGAUAGAUUAAGUAAUUUUAUAGAAAAUAACUGGACGAAAACCGAUAAAAAAAAAAGAGAUAUAAAUAAAAAUUCUUACAUUUGUGCUACAUAUUUGACAACUGCUUAAUAUUUUGCUUAUACUUUACUCGUAAAUGUAUAGAGUAGGAAAUUUUGUGCACGACUAUAUAUAUAGAUAUUGUAUUCAAUCUUCGAACACCUGUAACACGUAACUAUUCACAAAUGCAACUUACAAAUUACAACGAUGAACAGGCUAUUUCACAAACAGAGGAUUAAAAGUGCGCCCACACCGGCAUUUAUUAAGUAAUAUAUAAUAUAUUAACGUAUUUUUCUCGUGUGCGUGUGUACACUUAAAAAUACAAUUUGAUCGAUUUAUUUUUGGCUAUGAUACAUACAUCUUUUGGUUACAUCCGCGGAGGAUUAUGCAAGACCAAGUACGACUGACGCGCGGAAUUCUUCCUACGAAAAGAGCGACGGUAUCACAGAGACAGGAGUAAAAAAAAAAAAA